CAGUUCAGCCUGUAAACAGAGAACAAGGCACCAUUAUGAUGUCGGCGUUGGUUGUUUAUGUCACCUCAUAUACGAUACAAACGGCCAGCAGUGCCACCGUCACUCACUGUUGCUCGCUGCAGGGCCAACUAAGCCAGCUUGACUCGAGAUGAAAGAACAGAUGAGCAAGGUCGUCGAAAGGGGGUUCAUAAUUUAAGGUCCGGCUCGCCCCUUCACCGGACCCUUUCUCUCCAGGUCUCUCGCUUCCUUCACCAGUCUCUCCUGAGUCCAGUCCAGUCCUGUCUUUAGCUGAACCCCAGACACUCGUUCACCCUCGGUCACUCAGCGAGACAUUCCACCCAAUCCAUACCUACCUACCAGCUCAUCGAGAUCAACAGUCACUCAUGUUAUCCUCCCACAACCACCUCGCGACAUGGAUCCUCUCCAUGCUCGCUAGCACCCUUAUGGGGGUAGCAACAGCAGAAACCAUCGUCAUCAAAGCCGAUGGGCUCGUCUUUGGCCCGGAGAUCAUCACCGCCAACAAGGGCGACACUCUCGAGUUCCAUUUCCUACCUAGGAACCACUCGGUCGUCAAGGGUUACUUUGGCCAUCCGUGCCAGCCUGCGACGGCGGAUAUCGAGGGACCGUUUUUCUCGGGGUUUUUGCCGGCGAAGAGUAAUGAGGAGAAUCCCUCAAUCUUCCGCGUAACCAUCGGCUCAACAUCCCCCUUCCCCUUCUACUGCUCCACCCCCUCCCACUGCUCCAAAGGCAUGAUCGGCAUCGUCAACGGCUCCCCCGACCAGCUCGCCCAAUACAAAGACCAAGCAGCGCGGGAAGCCGCCGCCCAGCCCGGCGGCGACUUUCCUUUCGAGAAAAUGAACCCGCCUGAUCCCUCCAAGCCGUUUGGUGGUGAACUGAUCAAGAACCCGGAUUAUGCUGCUUGGUAUGGUGGUGAUUCUUCUACUACUACCGCGGCGGCGGCGGGAGCGGGUGUGACGGGGGGAGCAGAUGGUUAUGGACAAGGUGCUCCGCCGCCGCCGCCGCCGCCUCCUCCGGCACCACCUGCUGCGUCGACACCUGCUGCUGCUACAAGUGGGAGUGCGGAGACUACGACUGGGGAAGUGGGGGGUGUGACGGCGAGUGCGACGGGGACGCCGGUUGCUGGUGGGGGGACGGUGGUUACUAGUACCGGGACGUCGACUUCUACGGUGACGAGUGGGAGUGGGGUGCCGGCUGCUUCGAGUCAGCCGCCGCCUGCUGCUAAUGGGGCGGUGGUUCCCGGUGGUGGUAGUGAGAUCCUUGGAUCAGUAGUUGCUGGUUUUAUGGUCGGGGUCGGUUUGUUACUUUGAGAUCAUCUUGUUGGGAGAAGAGGAUGAGAGUAAUGCACGGGUUGAGGUAGAUUGGUGGUGGGUUUAAUGUUGGAAAAGUGUAGUGAAAGAUCAGGCACAUUUACAGCUAGGAAUGUAAUGGAUGAACAUGAAGA